AGUAUUUCCAGUCGAGUGAUUCGCGUUUGUUAGUUGAGCAACUGAGAGCCCCAAAGGUUGUGAUGCGGGAUUCACCCUCAGAAGUGUUGGAAGAUUAAGGGAGAUAUCAAAAGAUCUAGGUCUGAAAACGAGGAGUGCCGCAUGUUUGCAUGUUGCGAUAAAGCGUUCAUUUAAAGCAGCAAGGAUGAUCGCCACCACGCAACAGAAUGUGUCUACAGAACUGGAUCUGGGCAGUAUGGGGGGCCCCCCACGCAACUGGAAGGGCAUUGGGAUCGCCAUGGUCGUCAUCCUGGCUGUCCUGUCGCUGGUCACCCUCUCCAUAAUGCUUCUCACACCGGAUGAGUCUCAUCUCUUACAACAAUCCCAUUUCACUGUGGAAGACCUCGAGAGUGAUAAGUUCAAGACCCAUGAUCCCUGUGUGACCUGGCUGAAUGAGGACGAGGUGGUGCUUUGCAGCAGGGAGGGUCACGUGAUCAAACAUGACCUCCGCACCAACCAGACGGCCAUGCUGCUUGACAACAGCACUUUUGACCUGAAGGCCACAAAGUUCCAGGUUUCAGCUGACCAGAGGUUCGUCUUGCUGGCGUAUAAAAUCCGGCAGGUAUUCUCACAGUCCUUCACAGCCUCCUAUGCCAUCUACAGUGUGGCCACCGGGGACAUAGUUGAGCUUGCUGCUCCUGGGAAGGACGCGUCUGUGCUGCAGUACGCUGCGUGGGGUCCCCAAGGAAGCCAGCUGAUAUAUGUCUUUGAAAAUGACAUCUACUACCGGACUGAUGUGUCCACCAACACCUUGCGUCUCACAUAUACAGGCAGGGAAGGCUUGGUGGUCAAUGGUCUGACUGACUGGGUCUAUGAGGAGGAGGUUCUCCUCACAUACCAGGCUCACUGGUGGUCCGAAGAUGGAGCCCGGCUGGCGUACCUGACCAUCAAUAACUCAGCCACACCUUUCAUGGAGAUACCCCACUUCCUUGGAGAGAUCUAUCCAUCUCCCUUGUUCUAUGCCUACCCCAAGGCUGGUGCCAACAUUCCUGCUGUGAGUCUCCAUGUGGUCAACCUGUAUGGUCCAGCCCACACCUUGGAGAUGGUUCCUCCAGACUCCUUCAGUUCCAGGAGUCACUAUAUCUCCAUGGUGAGCUGGAUCAGCAGCACACAACUGGCCGUACGGUGGGUCAACCGGCCGCAGAAUCAGUCAGCGCUCUCUGUAUGCGAGGCCACCACAGGGGCUUGUUCAGAGAAGCACAAACUGCCAGUAGAUAUUUGGCAAGAUCAACUUCAGGAGGUACCGUUGUUUUCUAAAGAUGCCUCCACGUUCUACUUAACUCUUCCUGCCAAGCAAGGUGCCCGGGGGGAGUUUCGGCAUGUGGCAUCUCUGCAGGCCCAGCCCCCAGUCCCUUCAGCUCCUCCGCGCUUCCUGACAUCGGGAAACUGGGAUGUCUCCUCACUCUGCGCCCUGGAUGAACAGAGCGGCAAAAUAUAUUUCCUGAGUAGUGAGAUGUCAAGACAGAGCAGGCACUUGUACAGUGUGGACCUGAGUGGGGUCUUGCAGCGACAGUGUCUCACCUGUAAUCUGAUAGAGAACUGCAGCUUCCUCAAGGCCGAGUUCAGCCCUAAUCGGACCAGAUUUACUCUGCACUGCCUUGGGCCUGGAAUCCCCAAGGUGACUGUUCACAGCACAAAAGAGCCUCACAGGUACAUUGUGCUGGAGGACAACAAGCCCAUGUCUCAGGCCAUGGAAGGAAAGUGGUUCCCGGAGACGCAGUUCCGGAUUCUGUCGGGCGAGAACUACGAUCUCCACCUGAAGCUGUCUUUGCCUCAGACCCAUGAGGAGAACAUGCACCCACUUCUCAUCAUAGUUGAUGGGACACCAGGAAGCUACACGGUGACUGAGGAGUUCUCCCUAGGCUGGCCUCAGGUUCUGUCCAGCACACAUGGAGUGGUGGUGGCUUGGAUUGACAACAGGAGCGGUGCUACGCGAGGUCAGAAGUCAACUACCCAUGAUGCCCGAAAAUUAAGCUCAUUGAUGGUGAAAGACCAGCUUGGUGUAGUGGAAUGGCUGAUGCAAAUGCCUUUCAUUGAUAACAGACGGAUGGCCCUUUAUGGGAAGGCUUUUGGCGGCUAUAUGACCCUCAAGAUGUUAGCUGCAACAGACCAGCUCUUCAAGUGUGCCGCUGUGAUGGCCCCCAUUACGGACUUCAGAUUCUACAGUGCUGCCUUCUCCGAGAGGUACUUUGGACUCCCUUCUAAGGAUGAGAGUGCUUACGUGGCCGCAUCUGUCUUGGAGGAUGCUGAGAGACUUAAACAUGAGAACUUCCUUAUUCUCCAUGGAACCUCAGAUGCACGGGUGCACUUCCAACACAGCGCAGAACUGCUGAGCCGCCUGGUCAAGGUGGAGGCCAACUACACCCUUCAGCUGUACCCAGACGAGGGCCACAGCCUCAGGGCAGAGAGGAGCCAGCAGCACUUUCACCGCACCCUGGGCCACUUCCUCCAAGCCUGUCUCAUCCAGGCACCCCCUCGCCGAGAGUCAACAGCAAACCAAGAGGAUGAUUACUGACCAUCCCUGCUGCCUGGAAGUGGGGAUACAGCAAAGAGUGGACAUUGAGACUCCCCCCACCAGUUCAUGGAAAGGGUGACAUGAGCACUCUCUCCAGUUACAUGUUCUCUGACAUCUCCCUGUCUAUGUCUGGGUGUGAGGUUGCUCUUACAAUAACCCAGGCUAUAAAAAUACCCUUCAGGUUUUUGCCAUGUAGGAUUUGGCCACGCAUCAGGACAUAGUCGCAAGGGGCCUCUUCAAGACUGUCCCAUCUUCCCACCUUGUUCAUUUCCCUUGUGUUGCCAAGGUAUUUGAACUCGAAGCUUAACACCAUUAAAAGAAAGAUCCCCGGGCACUGCAUGUACAGCUGGACACAGGGAAUAUGUAAUUUUUAAAAAUCUAAGAUAAUUGUCAAAAAAAAAAACACCUCUGACCCUUUCACAUAAGGGACUUUUCAGAACGAACUGCAGUAAUGUUAAUCCCUGGCUUGCAGAUGUAUAGAAACAGGUGAUUCUGGGUAUUUGGGUGUCUUGCCUUUGAGGCAAAGUGUGUCAGACAACAGCAAAGUUUUGUUCCUGUUUGCAAAUGUAUGUGUGACUGCGACUAACAUUCCAAUGAGUUCUUAAUCCAUCUUGCUAAAAGAGAUAUACUGAAAUCAUGGAGAUGGUCUAAGAGGUGGUGUGGUGAAUGUUGGUCAUGGCACAACAAUGAAAUCAUUCCUCCUCACCUAAAGCACCAAACCAGCACAGAAGGUGACAAUGGAAAUUUAUAAACCUACGGCUUGUAUUUUUAUUAGAGUAGCAGCAAAAUGAGGAAAACAUUUGUUAAUUUUUAUAACUAUUUUCAACUUAAGAAAACUAUCAAGGGAGCUUGUUUCAAAAUCAGACAUGUGGCCCAAAUGCUGAUAAUUAACUUACAUUAAUUAAUAUAAAAAGGCAUAUUAUACAAAUCUACAGAGUGAAAAACAAAAGAAAAAGGAAGUGGGUGUUACAUGAGACAUGAAUAUUUCUGGAGGCUGAAUUGAGGUAGAUGUGCCAACACAAUGCCAGUGAUCUCAAAAAGAACAAUGCAUCACCAUACAGGGUUACUGUCCAAAAUGAAUGAGAAAAAGGUAGGACUGAGGAAUGGUGCAUGUAUAAGGGGUAAGGGGGGGGGGGGUGAUGUCUUCCCAGGAGGGCUUGGUGUGUGUUUCUGACCAAGCAGUUCCAGCAUUCUUAAUACUUAUAUUUAAAUGUCCAGUUCAUCAAGAGAUAGCUAAAUAUGCCUGUGCAUGGAAUAAGGAGUAUACAGUGGGACCUCUGUGUCUGCAGUUUCAGAAUUGGAAAGCUCACCUCCCAGGACCCAAUGCAUACGUUUCCCUGCAGAACUUUCAUCCAUUCGGCAUCCAAUGUUCUCACUGAUCACAUUCGUUGGCAUGUUCAGUGUGUGCUAUUAAAAAAAAUGCAAAAAGCAUGAUUUUCAUUGCUCUGUCAUCCCUUAAAACAUGUAUUCAGUACUCUGUUGCCUCUUGAGAAUUAGGCUACAUCAGAAUCCCUUUCAUUGGAGAGUACAGUACUUUAUUAUUGUAUUUGAUGUUUGCAAUGUCCAGUUCAUUUAAAUUUUAUUGGUAUAGCACAUUUCCACAACAUUAUUGUCUCAAAGCCCUUUUCAUUACCCCUGCCCAAAGCCCCCAGUGAACAAGAAAAAAAACUCCUUAGUAGGAAGAAACCUUGGGAGGAACUGGACUCAAAGGGGGAGCCCAUCCUCCAGGGGCCAGCAGAGAGUCUUACUGUGUGUAAUUUAUCUAUUAACCUUAACAUAUGUUAUAUAUGGGGUCCACGGAUGGUUUGCCACUAUUCACGGUUUUGGCCACCUGCAGAAGGUCUUGGAAUGUAUCACCCGUAGAUAAAGGGGGAUCACUGUACUUAUGGUAAGCAGAACAGCACAUCCCUCAGGGCCACUGAGCCGGAUCAUUUAACAUUUUGGUGGUGAUAAUACAUCUGAAUUGUACAUCCAACAGAUUGCAUUAUCCCAAUAUUGUGGAUCGAUGUCACUGUCCAGAAAAUGGGUCUGGUGGCUGGUAGAUGGAAUUCUCCCCUAUCCGUUUUAGUGGAAUGCAAAGUGAUACAUAUUUAAUACAACAAUGUCCAACCUUAUUUUAAUUUCACAUAGCCAAAUCUAGAAAAUAAGUACAAUGUAUGAUCCCUUAAAAGAGAAAUAAAGCAAUAAAGCAGAACUGCCUAGUAAGGACCUCAUAAAAUCACCUGUAAUUGCACCUUUCUUUGUUUCUAUUUAGUAAAUGAUUAUCUUUCUGUACCAUUUUAGCUCCUUUUUUCAUUGGGUGCAGUUUUUGGUCAAGAUCCAACAACCAUGGUCCUUGUAUUCGUAUUGAAAUACUAUUUUUGUGGAAAAAAAAGUGACAAAAGUUAACAAGAUUAAAGCAAUAACAAUGUGACGUGUUUCAGAAUGUUACGGAGCUGCUCUGACUUACCCUUCAUUGUCUGUUUCAGUAUAAUCAGGCACCUGUCAAUUGCGGCCACAUAUUUAAGUUUCAAGAAGAAACAAAAAGGUAACAAUUAGAAUUGCAGUGUUGUGAUCAAGAAGAUCUAGCUUUGUUCUGUUAAAAUGCACUCUACUUGUGUUUAUAAUAACAGUGAGCUCACAGAAACCUACCAGAUUAAUAUCAACAGUCUAAGAAUCUCUCCAGAAACACUUAAGUAAUGAGGAGUAGUAUUUAGACCAAAACAGGCAGAGAUCCUCCGGGAAAAGGACAGAGAUCACCAGCCUAGAUUGUACCCAAAGCCCUACCUUCAUCUCACAGCAAUGUAGCACUGCUAGUCUAAUCUCCACCCGAGCUACAGGAACAUGCUGACGUGCAUGCACUUUAUGUAAAUGGAAUGCCUGUAUCUCUUGUUUUCCUGUACUUUUUUUCUCUUUAAAGAAAUGUGUGAACAGAAUUGUUUUAUUUCAAUAAAGAAUAGCUUUUGGUUUAUACAAGUAUUUUGAUGUUUUCUGCAAUUCCCAAAGCAGUAAUAUCAAAACUUUAAGAAGAGUGGAGAAACAAACCUUUGUACCAUUUUCAUGCUAUGGGAUCAUUUAGCUAUAUGUAUUCAUUAUGUACCUCCUUGAUAUAAUGAGACUAUUAGAGGUAUUUUUACUUGGAAGCCUUAAAAUUGUCAAAUUUGGGUGUUAUUGUAACUUAAGUAUUAAUCAGACUGUCAAAAUCAAAAUAUUGUGUCUGUAAUAGUAUAUACUGUUAAAGAUUUUUUGUUGCUUAUAAUAGCACAUGCAUUUGAAAACUAGUUAUAGGAAUGACAUUGUAUUGCCUGGAUGGCCCCAUUACUCCCUCUCCCCAUGUAAUCCCUACUCCUCUCACACCCCCCAACCAAAACAAUCUCUAGCCCCCCUAUAUACUCUCCCCACCUCUCCAAAAAGUCUUAAUUAAAAGCACACCUUUGGGUUACUAAUCUCGGUGUUACCAGAUUCGCCAUAUCUGUGUCUGUCCUGUCAGACCUACCACUUAGGGAUCCUGCUUCAGCUUUGGUGCAGUUGUCCUAGAUUGUAACAAACAAAAUAAA